AACGAACGGCACCCUCUACUUUCCUAAAGAAGUGACCUACCCCCUUCUCACUUCGUGAUCCUCAUCCUUUUAGCGCAAAACUUUCCUCCAAACACAUUCAGUACUCACUCUUGCAAUUCGACAACAAUGGAAGCUCUCAUCUCCCAAUUCACCUUCCUAUCAGAUGAAGCUUUACAAGACAAGAACUUCGAUCCCUCCACGAUCGAAGAUCUGAUGAAAUUGUUCGAGAUAGAAGCGUACAAGGCAUGGGCAGCCAUGGAACUCGAGCAAGAAAAUGAGGUUGAAGCCGCUGAGAUUGAGUUGGCGGAAGCGGAAGACGAGCUCGAUUCAUCCAUGGAGAGGGCCAUGGACGAGUUCAGGCGGUUCGAGGAGGAGAUGGAACGAAUGGCGGAGGAAGAAUUGAGUCGUCUGGAAGAAACUGCAGAGAGGGCGAGAAAGAUGGGGAAAUUGACGGAAAAUGCUGCCAGUGUUGCUUCAAAGAGAUAUAUUGAGGCUGCUUUGAAUUCUGCCACUGCUUCAAUGAAAUCUGCCUGGAAGGGAAUUUCCUCCAACAAGGUUCAUCCUAAUUAAGAAAACAUGAAUUUCUUUCAUUAAUCUGUAACUGGUAAGAAAUGUUAUUUGGCUUUUGAUUUUGCAAGUUCUAUAUAUGGCGAAUAAAGUUAGAUCCAUGACUUCUUCAUCAAA